CCUCAACGGGCCACCCCUGAGAAUUGAGGAAGAUGAAGGUGCCCAGGGCCUGGCUCCUGUGUCUGCUGCUGCUGGGCCUCACCCUGCAGGUGGCUGCACGUCGCACCCACCAGCACACCAUGGAGACCCACGGCACCAACAUUAAUCCCGCCUGGUACAGGGGCCACGGGAUCAGGCCCGUGGGCCGCUUUGGCCGGAGAAGAGCAGCCCUGGCGGUUGUCCCCAAACCUGGCCAGCAACCUCAGCUAGCCUGCUUCAACCUGGAAGGCAUUGCUAAGUCCUCCCAGGAGGGGUAACUGCCAGCUCAUCAGGAAAACCACUCCAGAGCCUUCCCCACUCUCCACCCCCUCCUCUCUCCUCCACAGGCUACCAUGCCUUUAAUCCUAAUAAAAGUGCCAGCUGUGGUUAGUUACAACUCUGCUAAUGACUCAGGUGUUUUAUCUCCUGGGAUGUUAGCCUAGAAAGAAACUCGGUGCUCAGAAGGCUCUUAAGAAAAGAGAGGCUCUGUGGCUUGCCUGAGGCCAGCUGGCACUGGGUAGGGGAGCUGGGAUCAUCCUUGGUCACUUGCAGCCCAUAGUCUACCCCCACACCUGAGCUACCCUGAUGGUUGCCUAGGUUGUGCACUGCACAAAGCCAGGGGCUGCCAUGCACCAGCCUGUGCAGGACACUAUCCCCAGAGGGGGCAGCACAGACCCGGGCCUGAGCUCAGUCCCUCUCUCAGCCCCAGGCCUUUUCGUAAAGACUGUACAUUUUAUAGCAGUUUGGGGUUCCCAGCAAAACUAAGCAGAAGGUACAGAGACCUCCCGUGUAUCCCUGUCCCCUGCACUGCCUCCCCCACCAGAGGUUAUUUGUCACAACUGUUAAGCCUACACUGACACAUCGUAGCCCCGUUCACAGCUCGCAUCAGGCUCGCUCCUGAUGCUGUGCAUCCUGUGGGUUUGGGUGAUGUGCAGUGACACGCGUCCACCGCCCACAGGGGCUUCACUGCCCUGAACACCUUCCCUCACCCCAACCUGAGGCUCUGCCGCUCCUCUUAGCUGACUUCCCUCCCUUCUUACACCAAGGAAAGGAAUUCUGGGUUGCUGGGUUGUUUGUUUUUGUUUUUAGAGACACAAUCUCACUUUAUUGCCCUUGGUAGAGUGCCGCAGCAUCACAGCUCACAGCGACCUCCAACUCCUGGCUUAGGCGAUUCUCUUGCCUCAGCCUCCCGAGUAGCUGGGACUACAGGCGCCCACCACAACACCUGGCUAUUUUUUGUUGCAUUUUUGCUGGGGCCGGGUUUGAACCUGCCACCUUUGGUGUAUGGGGCCGGCGCCUACUCAGGUGAGCCACAGGUGCCGCCUGCUUAUUUCUAAUCCACACGGGGAGAUGCAAACCCGGGUUGCUCCCCCUGACUCUCUGUCGCUUUCAAGUCCCAUGAGAGUCUCUAUGUCCUGCCUCAGAUGAAAAUUCACUUGACAUCAGGGGACACACCUGCACUAGCUGGGCAACUGCACUCAUCCUGGGCGACUGCACACCACAGACAG